AUGAGAGCUCAGGGGUAUGAUGGAGCAGCAAAUAUGUCUGGAAAGUACAGUGGGGUACAGGCAAGAAUACGGCAGGUUGUACCAGGUGCGCUAUAUGUACAUUGCAAAUCCCACUGUCUGAACUUAGCCGUUGUGCACAGUUGCAGUAACAAGUCGAUUCGCAGCGUAAUGACCACCGUUCAAGAAAUUGCAUUUUCUUUUGAUUAUUCAUCAAAGAAGCUACAGGCUUUCUUUGAUGAAUUGGAAGCAGACGAGGCAACGAAAGAAAAAAUGGAAAAGAGAACUAAGCUUCGGACUUUAUGUGAGACAAGAUGGACAAGUCGUGCGGAUGCUUUGUUCACUUUAAAGACAUCUUUUCCGGUAGUUGUACAUGCGCUUGAGAGUUUGCACGACCAAGGUGAUGAUAAAGCAGGACAGCAGGUUAACGCAGUUACGAGAUUUGAUUUUAUCAUUGGUCUAGUUGUUGCCGAGCACGUCCUACAAAGCACUGUUCACCUUUCUCUUUUCUUACAGGGAGUCGAAUGCGAUCUACUUGAGGCAGUCAAGGAGUGUAGAGUUGUUGUUGAGAUGCUGAGGCAGGAAAGGGAAGAUGAUUCAGUUUGGGACGAGUUGUAUCAGGUGGCAUUAGAUUUAGCUGCACCGCUACAAGUGGAUGAAAGUAUGCCAAGACGGUGUGGAAGACAGACAGGGAGAGCCAAUCACCCAGCUGAUACUCCCCGACAGUAUUGGCGCAUUUCAUUGUAUUAUCCAUUUGUGGAUCACGUUAUUAUGGAACUCGAUUCGCGACUACUUAAAUCCGAGGAUCGUUUCAUGGCGCAACACCUUCUUCCCAUAUAUUUAGAAAAUAUUACCAAUGAACAUAUUGCAGCCAUAUACAAUGCCUUUCAGGACGAUAUCAUAUUGUCUUUGGAAGAGUUUAGGAGAGAAGUUGCCCGUUGGCGCACAAGAUGGAGAUUGACGGCGCAAGAUGAGAAACCGCGCACACUUUGCAGUACAUUAGAUUCUAUUAAUUCAGCGCUAUAUCCAACAAUAGAGUCCAUUUUAUUCAUAUUGCUAACCAUGCCGGUAGCAAGCGCAACUGCAGAGAGGUCCUUCAGCGUUUUGCGGCGACUGAAAACGUACGUCCGUUCCACUAUGAGAAAUGACAGAUUGUCAUCGCUUGGACUUCUACAUAUUCACAGAGAUUUUAAAAUUGAUAUAGAAAAAGCAAUGGAACAAUUUGUUAAUGCUAAAUCCAGAAAAAUGGAUUUUGGAGAAUUUUAG